AUGACGACAAAAACGGCUGCUGACGCGCUUGCCGUCAUAACUAGUAAUACCGGUACCGUUGAUAAUAGUCUGAAUGAUGACUUCCUUAGAACGGUAUUUCCGAUAACAUCUCUUACCAACACCGACGAAGGGAGCAACCUUUCGAAAUGGUACCUCGCCUGGUUCAAACGACAAAUCGAUGCCCUCCCCAGUCUCGUUACCGAUAAAUGUCCCGAUAUAGGAGAACUACUUAUACCCGUUGCGUUUUUCUUCAAAGCCGGCAAAUCUCUUGAUGAUGUUGCAGAAUUCGUUUUGGGCCAUUUCACCGACGAGGAAGAUGAAGCUUCCAGGGACCUAGCAAAAACAAUUUCUUUCGCUAUAUUGGGCUGGCAGACGAUGUUAUUCCUUCCUUCGAUAAAUACAUGUCCUCUAGGAAACUUUGCGGUAGCGGAUGUAUUCGAUGGCCACACAAUUCCAGCAUUUUGGGCGAUACGGCAGGAUAGUAGUCUUACGCAUCUACCGAUACCGGAUUUUCUACUAGGAUUUGGGUUGAUGCUGCCGCAGGGGAAUGUGUUUAUUAGUGAGGAUACCGAGGAUUGUCAGAAUUUUGAUAGGAUGACGAUGGUACGGCCGCAGGAGUUCAAUGUUGCACUUAUGCUGAAAUAUGGAGGGGUUCGGAUAUCUUGGACGGAUGUGCUCUCUGCACAUAUGGAGUUUGAUCCGGAUGCGAGAGUGUUAUUUCUAUAUAAGUAUCCGACGUUUUGUUAUCUCAAUCUACCUGAGAGUAGUGAUAGCAUUGGGGUGAUACAUAGUUGUUCGUCGGUAACUCUCGAAAAGUGGGGAUCAAUAGAGGAUAUAACCCAAUACCUAAGAGAGAUCCUCCUCAGCUAUCGUCUAAUAUUCGGACAAUCACACGAUGCCAGAAAACUAUUCCACACAGCGAACCCAUUCGGAGAAAAGACUCCAAAGGAACUUCAUGACCCCCUGCUUGAAAAACUAUGUACGACAGACCAAUACGAAUCCCUCGAUUUUCUACAGAAAAUGAACAUCAUACAAAGGGAUUCAUACCGACAUAAAAGAGAUUUUCCGAUCCUGAGAGCGAGGAUAGCUAUAAUGCAGAAGCACAUAAGAGAAUGGAAAUCGAGGGGUUGGCCGAGUAUCUGGAAUCAUGGGGUGGAUCCGGCGGCCUCUUGGUAUACAUUUUGGGCUGUACUGGUGAUUGGGGUUUUAAUGUUGAUUAUGAUGGUCGGACUGGUUGUUCUGCAGGUAUUGCAGUUUGUGGGCUUGGGGCAGGUGCACCUGAGUUCGCCGGUCACGCGGAGCUAG